GAGGGGAGAAUGGAUGGGUCAAGUUUCCUUUUACAAUGAAGGAGCUUUAAUAACACUUUCUUCAUAAAGGAAGAGCCACUUCCAAGAGGAAGAGAAGAGAGUACUAAGUUUUGGUUGGCUGUUCCUGAAAAGGACCCCAAUUCUUCAAAUGCUAUGUGAAGAAUUCUUAUAAUUAGUAUUGCUAUCAUUCUACUACAGUAUUACGCAUUAUAUAUAAUGAUAUGUUGUGUGUAUAUAAUUAUUAUAAUUUUAGUAUUAUAGCUCAAAAUAUCUAAGUGCAGCUGUGUGGAAUGUUUGUUACCUCAUUUAAUCUGUGAGUCUGACAUGACUUCCCUUUACUCUGUUACUGCAUGAAUGGUUCUAAUGCCAUAGUUCGAUUCAUCUUUAUUCAUAAACCACUGGCUGAGAGGUAGGAGGCCCAGGGACUGGAAGUGUGCUUCCUGCACACCCUUGGUUUCUGUGGCCAUGCCCGGGGCCCUCUGACUCAGGAAUGCCUGAGCUUCCAGGUUCCCGCUGGCUUCCUUCUGCAGGGUGCUUGGUGUGGAGAUUUCUAACUUGGUCUUGCCUAAUGAGGGCAGGAGUACAGCCAGUGUGGAGAGAUCUCACAGUUUCUUUCCGCAUUUCAGGUGCCUUCUCCAAGAAGGGCAGCAGGGAGAGGGAAAUGGCCACAGGGUUCCUGCCAGCCCAGGCUAAGGAAUGGUCCUGCUGUUACAGGUGUCUGUGACAUUCAGGGAUGUGGCCGUGUUCUUCAGCCGGGACGAGUGGCUGCACCUGGACUCUGCGCAGAGGACCUUGUACCGGGAGGUGAUGCUGGAGAACUACAGCACCCUGGUCUCGCUGGGGAUUCUGUUUUCCAAACCAAAGGUUAUUUUCCAGUUAGAGCAAGGGGAAGACCCCUGGAUGGUGGAAAAUGGAGUUUCUCAAGGCACAUGUGUAGGAUGGGAGAGCUUGUUUGAAACCGCAGUUUCAGAAGAAGAAGGUCAGGAAGUAAUGAAUAAAUUCAUAGGUGAUGCUCCUUUUGACUUCAAGUCAGGAAAGACCUACAUAAAUGAGGACAAACUAGAGAAGCAGCAAGGCCAAAACAGCAAACCCUUCAGGAAACUCUUAAUUACCAUUAAAAAAACCUGCAUGAUGGAGAGAAGCUUUACAGGUAUUGAACUGGGGAAGAAUCUUGCUCUAAAAUCAUCACUUACUAGAAAACCUAGAAUGGCUUCCAGAGGAAGGAAACCCCAUUCACAGCAGUAUUCAAUUCUGUUUAAACAACUGGGAGUCAGUAUAGUACGUAAAUGCUACAAAUGUAAUGUCUGUGGGAAAAUCUUCCUCCACAGUUCUUCCCUGAGUAAACACCAGAGAAUCCAUACUGGAGAGAAGCUCUAUAAAUGUAAGGAAUGUAGGAAAGCUUUCAGCCAAAGCUCAUCUCUAACUCAGCAUCUAAGAGUUCAUACUGGAGAGAAACCUUAUAUAUGUAGUGAAUGUGGAAAAGCCUUCAGUUUCACUACAUCUCUUAUUGGACAUCAGAGAAUGCAUACUGGAGAGAGGCCCUAUAAAUGCAAUGAAUGUGGGAAAACAUUUAAAGGUAGCUCAUCCCUUAAUAAUCACCAGAGAAUUCAUACUGGAGAAAAGCCCUAUAAGUGUAAUGAAUGUGGGAGAGCCUUUAGUCAGUGCUCAUCUCUUAUUCAACAUCAUAGAAUUCAUACUGGCGAGAAACCAUAUGAAUGUAGCCAGUGUGGGAAAGCUUUUACUUCAAUAUCACGGCUGAGCAGACACCACAGGAUUCAUACUGGAGAGAAGCCCUUUAACUGCAAUGAGUGUGGAAAAGUGUUCAGUUACCACUCAGCCCUUAUUAUACAUCAGAGAAUUCACACUGGUGAGAAACCUUAUGCAUGUAAAGAAUGUGGGAAAGCCUUCAGCCAAAGCUCUGCUCUUAUACAGCAUCAAAGAAUUCAUACUGGAGAAAAACCCUACAAAUGUAAUGAAUGUGGGAAAGCUUUCUCCUGGAUUUCACGGCUUAAUAUACACAAUAGAAUCCAUACUGGAGAAAAACCAUAUAGUUGUAAAGAAUGUGGAAAAGCUUUCAGUUCCCACUCAGCAGUUAAUACUCACAGAAAAAUCCAUACUGGGGAGAAACCUUAUAAAUGUUGUGACUGUGAAAAAGCCUUCAACCAAAGCUCAGCUCUAAUUCAGCACCAGAGAAUUCAUACUGGAGAGAAACCAUUCAACUGUAAAGUAUGUGGGAAAGCCUUCAGACAAAGUUCAUCCCUUAUGACACAUAUGAGAAUUCAUACAGGAGAAAAGCCUUAUAAAUGUAAAGAAUGUGGGAAAGCUUUUAGUCAGAGCUCAUCCCUUACCAAUCAUCAGAGGACUCAUACUGGAGAAAAACCAUAAAAUGUAUGUGGAAAAUCUAGUUGAAGUUCAUUCCAUACUAAAUAUCAGAGAAUUCAUCUUGGGGAGAAAGUGAUAAAAAGUUAAUUGUCAGUUAAACUUCAGAAUCUAGGCUGUCAAACAUCAGAGACUUCAUGGUGCAUGUUACCUUAGGAAGAUUAGGAUGGCUUCUUUAAAAUAUUUUUUCAUUUUUUAAGUUAUUACUGAUUAUAAAAUAGAGAAUUUAUAAGAUCAAAAUGUUAGUAUAUUAUAUUUUCAUUCUAGUGAUGUAUGGCAACAACCACCAGCUUUCACAAAUAUCACUGGAAAGCAUGUUUUAUGGAAGGAUUUAUGUUAAAGUGCAGCCAUGAAAGUUUGACGAUUGAUCUAGGAAUCUAUUUUUUUUGAAACUGUAAGUGUUAAACAAGCCAAUUGUAGUAAGAAUGUUUUGGAGAAGAACUGUAAGCAGGUGACCUGUAGCUACCUCACUGUGACUAAAAUUUGGUUUUAAAAAUUGUUUCAAAGCA